AUGUGGAAAGAAUCGACUGUUGGUGUUAGUGCAAAGGGUUGAAAAGGCAAAUCUUCCUGCAUGAAAAAACUAACCUAGGCAAAUCUGCGUUCUUGACGUUUCCAGGACCGAACGGUUGUCCGAGGCGUAGGGGUCGGCAGACGUACACGCGGUUCCAAACGCUCGAGCUGGAGAAAGAGUUCCACUUCAACCCAUACCUGACGCGACGGCGGCGAAUAGAGGUCGCGCACGCCCUUUGCCUCACCGAGCGGCAGAUCAAGAUCUGGUUCCAGAAUCGGCGGAUGAAGCGGAAGAAGGAGCUGAGGGCGGUGAAAGAGAUCAACGAGCAGGCCAGGCGAGAGCGCGAGGAGCAGGACAUCAUGCAGAAACAGCAGGCCGAGAAGCAAGCGAAGUUGCAGCAGGAGCAGCAGAACGCCGCGCUGCAGCAUCAGCAGCAGCAUCACGUGAGCGGCCUUGACAAGACGCAGAGCGAUCUUCUGAAGGCGGUUACCAAGAGAAACGAAGAGGAAACGGCAGCAGACGACGGUUCUACGAAGGCGAGCGAUUACGACUCGGAGCAACGACAACCGGUGCGCCGUGUUGUGCCAUUGUGUCUCUUUCCGAUGAGACUCGAUGUCGAUAAGAGGCAGACAGAGGAAACGAAGGAAAGAACGGAAGAACCGAGAGAAAGGCGCGCGACGAUGUUUGAAGUCGUCCGUCUCUUUUGUUUUCUACGAAAGAAGAGAGGAAACGAACUUGUACACAGGCCGUCUCACUUGAUUUUACUAUGUUAAUUUGCGUCAUUAUUAUUAUUCGCAGAGGUAAGAAGUGUAAUAGAUAAAAGAUGAAUAUUCUCGACGGAGUUGUUACUCUGAGCUGUUAAUUAAUUUUUUUGCUCGCGUUCGUCUCUGGGAUCUGCAAUCUCAUCGUCAAUUUAAAUGGAAUCAACUUCUAAUGUGUUGGUCGAUUUAUCUAGGCACCUCGUGUAAACGAGUAAUAAUCUACUUAUGUCGUUAGUUUUAAUUUUGUAAAACUCACUGUAUGAAAAACAUGGAAAUAUGCAGAGCAGUAUUCAAAUGCCUAUGUUAUCCUUGUCUUUCGUGCAAUACGUCAUGCAAACUUAAGAUUAAACUAAUAAUUUUAAUGGGAUAAUGCUUUUUUCUUUUUUUUUUCUUUUUUUUUUUUUUUUUAUAGGAAGAAUGUCAAGCUACAUCGACUAAAACAUUAAACAACGUACGAUUCCUAUUUAAAGAAAAAUAA